AUGUCUCCCCCAACGUGGAAUUCUCGAUCUGCCUUGAUUUCGGGCUCUAUCACUCCGACAACAGACCUCACCGCCAAGGACACCUCCCACCGCAAGCCGACUUUCGAGCCCUCGGGAUCCUCCUGGACUGCUCCCUUUCGGGACGGUCUUCCAACCCCGCCCAGCGACAUGACCGGGUUGACUUACAAUGCGGUUCCAUCCAUGAGCUAUGGAGGGAAGACUCACGGCCUCCCUUCCCACAUGUACAGCCAUCCCCGUCCUAAUUUCGACUCGAUUUCCUCUUCGAUGAUGGCGGCCAUGAAGCCGCACAGUCAACCCGCCCCCGUGAAGGAAGCUCCCGCCUCGGAACCGGCGCAAAAGAAGUCAUCAGGGACAUCUGGAGGCUCGCAACUACGGAUCCCUUCGUCCAUUAACAACACCAAGGGCAGUCUGGCCGAGUUUGCUGCUCAGAUGACCUGUCUAUUUUGGUUCGAGAAGACUUCCAAGCUACAAGCUAUCGAAGACCGACGACAGCCAGUCCCGUCACUUGUCCCCGAAGCCGCCCCGGCUGCCGGAUUCCAAAAAUGGGUUGCUACGAUUUUGUCGACUACACAGGUCAGCCAGAACGUGAUUUUACUGGCCCUGCUGUUCAUCUAUCGCUUGAAGAAGUUCAAUGCAAGCGUCAAGGGCAAGAAGGGCAGUGAAUUCCGCCUCAUGACGGUUGCGUUGAUGCUUGGCAAUAAGUUUCUCGACGAUAACACCUACACCAAUAAGACGUGGGCCGAGGUCUCGGGCAUCGCGGUGCAAGAGAUCCACAUUAUGGAGGUUGAAUUCCUCAGCAACAUCCGAUACGACCUCUUCGCCUCCGAGGCCGAAUGGGCUCGCUGGCACACUAAGCUGAGCCUGUUUGGCGAAUUUUUCAACAGGGCUUCGCAGCUGCCUCUCGAGACCGACGCCCCCGUGUUGCGUCUCUCGCCGCCGCGUCUCCAGCCCCAGUCGCCCUCCUCCAAGUUGCCCUCUCCUCCAGGUGAUGUGCUUCGACCGAACUCGCAGCCAAACUGGUACAUGCCAGUCCCUGGACUGCCCUACCCUACCCCAUCGUCUCUCGACCAGACUCCUCAGAAUUCUCGCAAGCGCAGCCGGGAUGAGGACAAUGAGCUGCAUCCUACGAAACGGGUUGCUCGGACGACUACCCUUCCGGCUCCUGCCUUGACAGUGCCGACGACGAUGGUUGGUAUGCCGACUUUGCCGCCCAUGACUCCUACCUCUGCCCCCGUCGGUCAUGCAUCGAUGGCUGGCUCCGUUUCACGUCUUCCACCUCCUAACCUACCGUCUUCCUCCAACCCGAUGUCUCAACAUCUUCCCCUUACCGCCAUGUCGCAACUUCCUGCUCUGAUGCCUCCUGUAUACAAUCGGACUCAGAACUGGGCUCAGCAAUUGCCGCCUGCUGGCGUCUCGUCUGUACCAUCGGGAAUGUACAACGGGCCUUCGCUUCCUGAGCUAGGACGUCACCCCCAGGGCCCCUACGGUGUAUCGGCUGGUACAGUCUCGCCUGCUGUCUCUGCCUACUCGGUCCACACCCCACAAAACCACCUCUCUCCGUCCUACUUUCUCGAGAACCGAAACUCCCCCUACCGCCCGGUGCGCUCCGUCAACACCUUGCUGAUCCCGCCCCCGACCUCGUCUCUCCAGCCGCAACGCAGUGUUCCAUUCGACCACAUGCACUAUCAACCGCUGGGGAAGACAUCGGCCGAUCGCAAGACGGGAUUGCUGCCCUAUAUUCAACACGAUGCAUGGAGCCAGGGGCCCUUCCAACCCUACUUCCCGCCCUCGCAGCCUUACACCGGCUAA